AUGGCCGUUACAUGCUCAAAUGUGGACUCGUAUGCAGAGUGUUUAGCGGAAUUACCUGGAAGCAGUAAGAUUUGUUGCUGUGAGGAAGCGAAUUGCAAUGGAAUUGAAUAUUAUGACGAUGGCAGCGAUAGCAAAAAUGCGAUUAAAAGCAAUGGCACUUCUGAAUCCCCGCAACCAUCAGAAGCAUCUACAAACGGGCAAAUCGAUUCAGAUAAUGUUACCAGCAAUGAUCGCGCUACAUUAUCACUCACAGUUGCG